CCUAGUCCCCACAGCGCAGGCGCUGCCGCAGCGAGGCCGGGCCAAGCUUUGCCAGAGCCGCCAGCAGGAGGAGAGGAUCGAGGCUGCAGCUCUUUGCUCUCAUCCCACCCCUCACCUCCGAUGAACCUCGCAUCCAGCUAACCGCCCAAGCGACUGCAGCCGGAGGAAGAGAGGGAGAGCAAUCUAUCCGAAACAGCCGCUCGCUCCGACGCCUGGGCCGUUCCAGACAGACGACCUUCCUGGGGCCGCCGCUUAAGUAGCCGGGAUGGCCGUUCCGCUUAGCGACAGCGAAAAAAGGAAACAGAUCAGCGUGCGGGGCAUCGCCGGCCUGGGCGAUGUGGCGGAGAUUAGGAAGAGCUUCAAUCGGCAUCUCCACUUCACCCUGGUGAAAGACCGGAAUGUGGCCACCCCGCGGGAUUAUUUUUUCGCCUUGGCGCACACUGUGCGCGAUCACUUGGUGGGACGGUGGAUCCGCACCCAGCAAUAUUAUUACGAGAAGGACCCCAAGCGUAUUUAUUACCUGUCUCUGGAAUUCUACAUGGGCCGAACGCUUCAGAACACAAUGGUGAACCUGGGUCUGCAGAAUGCCUGCGAUGAAGCUAUUUAUCAGCUUGGCCUUGACUUAGAAGAGUUGGAAGAGAUUGAGGAAGAUGCUGGCCUUGGCAAUGGAGGACUGGGGCGUCUGGCAGCUUGCUUUCUGGACUCUAUGGCAACACUGGGGCUUGCAGCCUAUGGCUAUGGGAUUCGCUAUGAAUUUGGCAUUUUUAAUCAAAAGAUUGUCAAUGGCUGGCAGGUGGAAGAAGCCGAUGAUUGGCUGCGCUAUGGCAAUCCUUGGGAAAAAGCCCGCCCGGAAUACAUGCUUCCUGUACAUUUCUAUGGUCGAGUAGUUCAUACUCCUAAUGAGGUUAAAUGGGUUGAUACUCAGGUUGUUCUUGCCAUGCCUUAUGAUACACCGGUUCCAGGAUACAAGAACAAUACAGUUAAUACUAUGAGACUGUGGUCAGCCAAGGCACCCAAUGAUUUCAACCUUGAAGAGUUUAAUGUUGGUGAUUAUAUCGAAGCUGUGUUGGAUAGAAACCUAGCAGAAAACAUAUCCAGAGUGUUGUAUCCCAAUGAUAAUUUUUUUGAAGGAAAGGAAUUGCGUCUGAAACAGGAGUACUUUGUGGUAGCUGCCACUCUCCAGGACAUCAUACGACGAUUCAAGUCUUCCAAAUUUGGAUGCCGUGACCCAGUGAGGACCUGUUUUGAAACCUUCCCCGACAAGGUUGCCAUUCAGCUAAAUGACACUCAUCCUGCUCUCUCCAUUCCUGAGCUCAUAAGGAUCUUUGUUGAUGUUGAACAUAUGGAUUGGGAUAAGGCCUGGGAAAUCACAAAACGAACCUGUGCAUACACUAAUCAUACAGUGCUGCCUGAGGCCCUAGAGCGCUGGCCGGUGUCUAUGUUUGAGAAGCUCCUGCCAAGGCACCUGGAGAUCAUUUAUGCUAUCAACCAAAAACAUUUGGAUUAUGUGGCUUCCCUCUUUCCUGGAGAUGUUGACCGCCUCCGAAGGAUGUCUGUAAUUGAGGAAGGAGAUUGCAAGAGGAUCAAUAUGGCCCACCUGUGUGUCAUUGGUUCUCAUGCAGUCAAUGGAGUGGCUCAGAUUCACUCUGAGAUUGUGAAGAAUUCUGUAUUCAAAGAUUUCUACGAAAUAGAGCCAGAAAAAUUUCAAAACAAAACCAAUGGUAUCACUCCCAGGCGAUGGCUUCUACUGUGUAACCCAGGACUCUCUGAAGUUAUUGUGGAGAGAAUUGGAGAAGAUUUCCUCACUGAUCUUAACCAGCUAAAGAAGCUGCUGGAUUUUGUCGAUGAUGAAGCCUUUAUUAGGGAUGUAGCUAAGGUUAAACAGGAGAAUAAACAGAAGUUCUCUGCAUACUUGGAAGAACAGUACAAAGUCAAAAUUAAUGCAUCCUCUAUGUUUGAUGUGCAUGUCAAGAGAAUUCAUGAAUACAAGAGGCAGCUCCUCAAUUGCCUACAUAUAAUCACUCUCUAUAACCGCAUCAGAAAAGACCCUAAAAAAUCCUAUGUGCCAAGAACAGUUAUGAUUGGAGGAAAGGCAGCUCCAGGCUACCACAUGGCAAAAAAGAUUAUCAGAUUGAUCACGGCCAUUGGAGAAAUUAUUAAUAAUGACCCCUACAUAGGAGAUAGACUCAGAGUCAUAUUCUUGGAGAACUACAGAGUGUCUCUUGCUGAAAAAGUGAUUCCUGCCGCAGAUCUAUCAGAACAGAUAUCUACAGCUGGGACCGAAGCUUCAGGGACAGGAAACAUGAAAUUCAUGCUGAAUGGAGCCCUCACCAUUGGGACCAUGGAUGGGGCCAAUGUAGAAAUGGCUGAAGAAGCUGGAGAGGAUAAUCUGUUCAUUUUUGGCAUGCGGGUAGAUGAUGUUGAAGCAAUGGAUAAGAAAGGGUACUCUGCUAAGGAAUACUAUGACAGGAUUCCAGAGCUCAAGCAAGUUAUUGAUCAAAUAAACAGUGGCUUCUUCUCACCAAAUGAUCCUAGUUGUUUCCAAGAUGUUGUCAACAUGUUGAUGUACCAUGACAGGUUUAAAGUAUUUGCUGAUUAUGAAGCCUACAUCAAAUGUCAAGGGCAAGUGGACCAACUAUACAUGAAUCCUAGGAAAUGGACUAAAAUGGUAAUUAAGAACAUUGCAUGCUCCGGCAAGUUUUCCAGUGACAGGACAAUUACUGAAUAUGCCAGAGAGAUCUGGGGAGUGGAACCUUCUGCUGUGAAAAUUCCUCCUCCAAACAUACCUAGAGAGUAAAUCUGCCAUUAGAAGGUGCAUGCAAUUACCCUGAUGGGCUUCCUGCUGCUGCUGCUAAGGUAUACCUGCUUCCCUGUGACUUUUCUGCAGAUAAAUUCAAUCAUGUAUUUUACCACACUUUGACUUGUUUCAUCUUUAUAAGCAUAUAGCGGAAAUGAGAGCAGCUGGUGCUUCAGAUAGUUAGAAAUAGUUGACCAAAACGUAUAGGCUGUAAUAAGAUUCAAGAUCUGAAACAGAAAGUUUAACAC